UCUCAUUUUCUCUCUCUCUGAGAAUUUGAGAGCCUUCGUCGUCUUCGUUCUGAAGCCCUAGCUUUUUCAAUCCGAUUCAAAAAUGCGUGAGAUUCUUCACAUCCAGGGAGGCCAGUGCGGCAACCAGAUCGGAGCCAAGUUCUGGGAGGUCGUCUGCGCCGAGCACGGCAUCGACUCCACCGGCCGGUACGGCGGCGACAACGAGCUCCAGCUCGAGCGCGUCAAUGUCUACUACAACGAGGCCAGUUGCGGGAGGUUUGUCCCACGCGCCGUGCUCAUGGAUCUGGAGCCUGGCACCAUGGACAGCGUCAGAUCUGGUCCGUACGGCCAGAUCUUCCGUCCGGAUAACUUCGUCUUUGGACAGUCCGGCGCCGGCAACAAUUGGGCGAAAGGUCACUACACUGAAGGCGCUGAGUUGAUUGACUCGGUUCUCGACGUUGUGAGGAAGGAGGCUGAGAACUGUGACUGCUUGCAAGGGUUUCAAGUUUGCCACUCUCUGGGAGGUGGUACUGGUUCUGGAAUGGGGACACUUCUCAUUUCCAAGAUCAGAGAGGAGUAUCCGGACCGAAUGAUGCUCACUUUCUCUGUGUUCCCAUCCCCGAAGGUGUCGGACACUGUGGUUGAGCCGUACAAUGCGACCCUCUCGGUUCACCAGCUUGUUGAGAAUGCCGAUGAGUGUAUGGUUUUGGACAACGAAGCUCUCUAUGACAUUUGCUUCCGAACAUUGAAGCUCACUACUCCGAGCUUUGGUGAUCUGAAUCACCUGAUUUCGGCUACCAUGAGCGGUGUAACUUGCUGUCUUCGUUUCCCUGGACAACUCAACUCUGAUCUCCGCAAGCUUGCUGUUAACUUGAUUCCAUUCCCCCGAUUGCACUUCUUCAUGGUUGGGUUUGCCCCACUUACAUCUCGUGGAUCCCAGCAAUACAGGGCACUCACUGUUCCAGAGCUUACUCAACAGAUGUGGGAUGCCAAGAACAUGAUGUGUGCUGCUGAUCCUCGUCAUGGGCGCUAUUUGACUGCUUCAGCAAUGUUCCGUGGUAAGAUGAGCACCAAGGAAGUUGAUGAACAGAUGAUCAACGUCCAAAACAAGAAUUCAUCUUACUUUGUUGAGUGGAUCCCCAACAAUGUCAAGUCCACUGUUUGUGACAUUCCCCCAACCGGUCUGAAGAUGGCUUCAACGUUCAUUGGUAACUCCACUUCCAUUCAAGAAAUGUUCCGGAGGGUGAGUGAGCAGUUCACUGCUAUGUUCCGUAGAAAGGCUUUCUUGCAUUGGUACACAGGAGAGGGUAUGGAUGAGAUGGAGUUUACCGAGGCAGAGAGCAACAUGAAUGACCUUGUCUCAGAGUACCAGCAGUACCAGGAUGCUACUGCAGACGAGGAAGGGUAUGACUAUGAAGAUGAGGAGGAAGUUCAGGAGGAGGCUUGAUCUUUGAUCUUCUCGUCCGCUCCUUUCCUGUUGGGUUAUGUUGUGAAUUUUAAUCUGGAUUUGUUCUUAAAAUCUUGUUUGGCGAUUGGAUUGUUGGGUUGGCCGUUAUCGCAUGCUUGGUUUUUAUUGUAGUUAUUUAGGUAGUGGUCUGAAAAUAUGGUUGGUUUACUAAGAUGUGGCGUCUAUCAUGACUCUGGUGUUCAGUAAAGAUUGUGAUAGUUAUGGUUGAAUGCUCUUCGAGUCUUGGUGUUGUUGAUA